GGCUGUGAGCACAACUGCCACUUGGAUGCAGGAAAUGAGUCAUCACAUUACUGUACUUGCAACAGAGGUUAUGAUCUCAUGUUUGACGGCAAGUCUUGUGAUUUAAUAUGCAAAAAUGACACCUUUCCACCACUGACAAUUCGGUGUGUUACGUAUGAACUUAUGCCUAAUACUGGCAACUGGGACACAGCCCGCCAAGUGUGUGAAAAUUCUGGUAUGAAUUUUAUUAAGAUCAGAGAUGAGGAGACGAAUGAUUGUAUCAAACAAUAUCUGCUAACUCAUCAUCCUGCCAUUGACAAUGUAUGGAUCGGGCUUCGAGACUUCACAGGACUCGGCGGAGACUCUUCCACCUAUAUAUGGGUGUCCGAUAACACGCAGGUAACAUAUCAGGAUUGGGAAGCAGGCGAACCGAGUCUUUUUCAGUGGUGUGUUAACCUAUGGUAAGUACAGUACUAGUCAUCGACCUUGACAUGUGCUUGUGAAAAGUACAUUGUACGUAAAUAUUUUAGUGGUAAGAAAAU